UUUGUCUCUUCUCCUUCCACGUCAAGAGUUUUCGACUCUCCCUCAUUCGUUCAACAACAUUUCUGACUUCUCCCGUCUUCUCCCUUUUUCUUGGACAACUCACUCGUUACUGUUGUCCCCUUGUAUUACAAUACAAUUCUUGUUUGUAAUUCGAUUUUUCCAUUUCCACGUCUCUCGCUGUUGAUUCUCGUACAUCCCUCACUCGUUCGGGAUUGCAAAUUUACGUACCAUCAUCUUAAUUGGUGACCACUGUUUUGCUAUCUGGACAGAUCAUUGUAACCAAUUGACCAUUGGGCGACUGGUAUUGAUAUAACUAUGCGCUCGUUCGCUCUCGCGUCCGCUUUGACGGCGGCGGCGAGUUUGGUUCACGCGGAACCUACUCGUACCGAAAAACAGUUGCCCCAACGCGCUGAUUCUCUCCCCACCGUGACCGCAUCUGGCAAUGCUUUCUGGACCGGCGACACCCGAUUCUAUGUCCGAGGCAUUGACUACCAGCCGGGAGGCUCUUCUGCUAACAUCGACCCUCUCGCUGAUGCCGACACGUGCAAGAGGGACAUCAAGGAAUUCCAGAAAUUAGGCGUGAACACAGUCCGUGUUUACUCCGUCGAUAAUUCGGCCAACCACGACGAAUGUAUGCAGGCAUUGAGCGACGCCAAGAUCUACCUCGUUCUCGACGUCAACAACCCGGCCUACUCCAUUAACCGAGACAAGCCGGGCCCAUCGUACAACGAUGUAUACCUCCAAAGCGUCUUCGCUACCAUUGAUGUGUUUGCCAAAUACUCCAAUACACUAGCUUUCUUCUCGGGAAAUGAGGUCAUGAAUGACAAAGCCGACUCCGUGAAAGCCGCCCCUUAUGUCAAGGCCACAACUCGUGAUAUGCGACAAUAUAUCGGAUCACAAGGCCACCGCAAGAUUCCAGUUGGCUACUCUGCUGCCGAUGUUAGUGAUAACCGCAUGCAGACCGCUUUCUACUUCAACUGUGGUACCGACGAUGAACGAAGCGACUUUUUCGCUUUCAACGACUAUUCCUGGUGUGCUCCAUCUUCUUUCCAACAAUCGGGCUGGGAUCAGAAGGUUAAGAACUUUACUGGUUACGGUCUACCCAUCUUCUUGUCGGAAUGGGGCUGCAUAACGAACGGCCGCGACUUCGAGGAGUUGAGUGCGUUAAUGAGCGACCAGAUGUCUUCCGUCUACUCGGGUGGUCUAGUGUACGAAUACAGCAGAGAAGAAGGUGACAAGUUCGGUAUUGUCGAACUGUCCGGAAACUCUGACUCGGUUAAGGAGGACCCCGAUUUCUCCAAGCUAGAAUCCGCCUUAUCCAAAUACCCUGCCCCCACUGGAAACGGUGGCUUUACUUCUACCACCAAAUCAGUCGCAUGCCCGACCCUCGAUAACAUCUGGGAUCUCGGCGACUGGGGUGAGAGUGCGCUCCCGGCGAUGCCCGAAGGAGCUCAGAAGUACAUGACUGAUGGUGCUGGCAAGGGUCCGGGUCUGAAGGGCGACGGCUCCCAAAACGCCGGUGGUACUUCGACCGGUACCGCUUCCCCCGGCUCCGGGUCGGUGACGGCAACCGCAUCUGGUCACAACGGUAGUGGCCGCCCAGCUCCGCCAAUGGACAUGAGCGUCUUCGUCCUUACUGGGGUCGUUGCCGUGUUCACUCUUGUCGGGACUCUCCUAUUGUAGGGGGUAUCCUUUCGCUUUUCUCCGAACUGAACUUGCAUGGAACGGAUAAAUACGAAAGCCUGAUAAAACAACUUCGGCUUUGUGCGGCUUGACAAGCUUUAUGGAGUCGACAAUCAGGUCCGCAUUAGGAUGGAUCUAGGACUUACCAGGAUUGCCACCUAUUAUGCUACUUACAGUAGUACUUAAAAACGCUAUGUAUAAUUAAUUUCGGGGCGGCGUGAACCCAUGACGACAAUGUGACUGGGUUUCCCGUACGCCUUGCAAGGCUUUAUUAGAAAAAGAACAACAUAUAAUUCAAACAUGGGGAAUAGGGUGGGAUGGGUCGAUGGGUGAAUGGGUGAAUCGAUGGAUAUUAGAUGGCAUUCUGGAGCUGGCCUUACUAGAGGACGAAAAUUCACAGAAAGUUGUAGGUGAAAGAAACAAACAAGAUGGACAUAGUUUUGUUCUACGGAGUAACAGCUAUUGAAUUGAGAACUCGCUUAUAUCCGAUUGAUUGGCCCGUGGUUGUGGCCUAUGCUGUCGGACUUGUCUUGUGUGUUGCAGAGUAGAAAGCAAAUUGAGGCUGGUCUAUCCCACUAACUUGAAUGGCUACUUUUAUUCAUUCCGCACGGGACGAUAACU